GCGCCGAGCUCUGUGUCGCCGCCGUAGCCUUGGCGGUUGGGGGUCGGUGGGGCGGCGCGGGCGGGGGGGCGCUGCGCGGGGCGGCGCGCCUCUGUUUUGUCUCCUCCUCUGCCUGUGGAGCGGCUCUGGCUGCUGGGGAGGCCCCGGCUCCCUCCGGACGCCCGGCCAACAUAGGUGGCGGCGGCUAGUCCGCGGCCCUGCUGAGAGGGAAAGGGACGCCGCGGUCUUCCUGGGCGACGCGGAGAGCAGUUGUUCCAAAGAACUUCUGGUUCAGAUUUUAGCUUUUCCCAAGUUGUGAAAAUAGUGAAGGAUGCUUAGACUACUUAACAUACAAAUUGCUGUCUGGUUAAUCAUCUUUCGAAGACUGAAUUUCUGGAUAUCUACUCCACUCCAUGUCUAUUGACUUUUAAAACAUGAUAAUGCAAACUUAUAACACUGGCAACCAUCCAUGAACCUUUAAUUUCAUUGAUUAUAGCAUUUGAAGCUUCCUCAGGGAAUAACAAUGACAUCAGCAGUGGUUGACAGUGGAGGUACUGUUUUGGAGCUUUCCAGCAAUGGAGUAGAAAAUCAAGAGGAAAGUGAAAAGGUUUCUGAAUAUCCAGCAGUGAUUGUGGAGCCAGUUCCAAGUGCCAGAUUAGAGCAGGGCUAUGCAGCCCAGGUUCUGGUUUAUGAUGAUGAGACUUAUAUGAUGCAAGAUGUGGCAGAAGAACAAGAAGUUGAGACCGAGAAUGUGGAAACAGUGGAAGCAUCAGUUCAUAGCAGUAAUGCACACUGUACAGAUAAGACAAUUGAAGCUGCUGAAGCCCUGCUUCAUAUGGAAUCUCCUACCUGCUUGAGGGAUUCAAGAAGUCCUGUGGAAGUGUUUGUUCCUCCUUGUGUAUCAACUCCAGAAUUUAUCCAUGCUGCUAUGAGACCAGAUGUCAUUACAGAAACUGUAGUGGAGGUGUCAACUGAAGAGUCUGAACCAAUGGAUACCUCUCCUAUUCCUACAUCACCAGAUAGCCAUGAACCAAUGAAAAAGAAAAAAGUUGGCCGUAAACCAAAGACCCAGCAAUCACCAAUUUCCAAUGGGUCUCCUGAGUUAGGUAUAAAGAAGAAACCGAGAGAAGGAAAAGGAAACACAACCUAUUUGUGGGAGUUUCUUUUAGAUCUACUUCAAGAUAAGAAUACUUGUCCCCGGUAUAUUAAAUGGACUCAGAGAGAAAAAGGCAUAUUCAAGCUGGUGGAUUCGAAGGCUGUCUCUAAGCUUUGGGGAAAGCAUAAGAACAAACCCGACAUGAACUAUGAAACCAUGGGACGAGCUUUGAGAUACUACUACCAAAGGGGAAUUCUUGCAAAGGUUGAAGGACAGAGGCUUGUGUAUCAGUUCAAGGAUAUGCCCAAAAACAUAGUGGUCAUAGAUGAUGACAAAAGUGAAACCUGUAAUGAAGAUUUAGCAGGAGCUACUGAUGAAAAAUCAUUAGAACGAGUGUCACUGUCUGCAGAAAGUCUCCUGAAAGCAGCAUCCUCUGUUCGUGGUGGAAAAAAUUCAUCCUCUAUAAACUGCUCCAGAGCAGAGAAGGGUGUAGCCAGAGUUGUGAAUAUCACUUCCUCUGGUCAUGAUGCUUCAUCUAGGUCUCCUACUACCACUGCAUCUGUAUCAGCAACAGCAGCUCCAAGGACAGUUCGUGUGGCAAUGCAAGUACCUGUUGUAAUGACAUCAUUGGGUCAGAAAAUUUCAACUGUGGCAGUUCAGUCAGUUAAUGCGGGUGCACCAUUAAUAACCAGCACUAGUCCAACAACAGCAACCUCUCCAAAGGUAGUCAUUCAGACAAUCCCUACUGUGAUGCCAGCUUCUACUGAAAAUGGAGACAAAAUCACCAUGCAGCCUGCCAAAAUUAUUACCAUCCCAGCUACACAGCUCGCACAGUGUCAACUGCAGACGAAGUCAAAUCUGACUGGAUCAGGAAGCAUUAACAUUGUUGGAACCCCAUUGGCUGUGAGAGCACUUACCCCUGUUUCAAUAGCCCAUGGUACACCUGUAAUGAGACUAUCAAUGCCUACUCAGCAGGCAUCUGGCCAGACUCCUUCUCGAGUUAUCAGUGCAGUCAUAAAGGGGCCAGAGGUUAAAUCAGAAGCAGUGGCAAAAAAGCAAGAACACGAUGUGAAAACUUUGCAGUUGGUGGAAGAAAAACCGGCAGAUGGAAAUAAGACAGUGACCCACGUAGUGGUUGUCAGUGCGCCUUCAGCUAUUGCCCUUCCUGUAACUAUGAAAACAGAAGGACUAGUGACAUGUGAGAAAUAAAAUCGCAGCUCCACCUUGGACUUCAGGCUGUUAGUGGCAGUACUGAUGUAAACAUUUGCAAGGGAAGUCACCAAGAAAAGUCAAAGAAGACUUUAAAACAUUUUUAAUGCAUAUACGAAAACAAUCAAACUUACUGGAAAUAAAUUACCUAUCCCAUGUUUCAGUGGGAAGUGAACUACAUAUUGAGAUGCUGACAGAAAACUGCCUCUUACAGUA